AUGAGAAGAGUAUCCAUUAGGCGUCAACUUAAUCAAUUUUGCAUGAAUGUAGCAUAUGUUUCUAAAAUUGAGCCCAAAAAUGUUGAAACUGCUAUUACGAAUGAAAAUUGGAUGAUGGCCAUGCAAGAGGAACUAAAUCAAUUUAAGAGGAACAAUGUAUGGGAGUUGGUUCUAAGAACCGAAAAGUUACAAGUUAUAGGCACUAAAUGGGUCUUCAAAAACAAGAAGGAUGAUUCAAGGGAAAUCAUAAAGAACAAGGCAAGGUUGGUUGCUAGAAGUUACAGUCAAGAAGAAGGAAUCGAUUAUGAUGAGACGUAUGCAUCAAUGGACAGACUGGAAGCAAUAAGAAUUCUACUUAUUGUUGCAUCUAUGAUGAAGUUUAAAUUGUAUCAAAUGGAUGUUAAGAGUGCAUUCUUAAAUGGAUAUAUUAAAGAAGAAGUCUAUGUGGAACAACCACCAAGAUUUCAAGACUAUGAGCACCCAGAUUAG